AUGUUGUCAUCCUACCAAGUCCCAAACUUCUACUUCUUCCACACAGCCAACGCCUACGACUACGUCGACCCCAAAACGGGGCACACGAACGUCCAUGUCGACAUUGCGAGCUACAAGGCAGAACACUACCCGUACCACGAAUACGCCAUCUCGAACGUCAUCAACCCGCUCAAACCCUACCAGACGGGCCGCCUCGUCCGCUACGAACUCUCCGCCGUCAACACGCGCGAUCCCGCCGUUGUCGCCCGCGGCACCGUCAAAGCCGCUAUUCCAGAUAUGAUGGCGGAACUACCUCGCAUCUCCAAAGCCGCAUCCAUGGACCCAAACUACCGCUUCGUCUACGGCGUAUCCGGGAACGGCAUUUCCGCUCCAGGCACAGAUGUUCCUAUCGGGCGUCUCGGUAACGGCGUCGAUAUGCCACAUGCGUCUUUCUAUGGUCACCUCUUCAAGUCUGAUUGGCGGACUGGCACGUUCAAAGCGUGGGUACCGCAGAAUGGCGAGAGUUGUCCUACGGAGCCGAUUUUCAUCCAGAGGCCGGGUGCGACGGAGGAGGAUGAUGGGAUUGUGAUUACGAUUACGAUUAAUAAGGAGGGGACGAAUAGCAUUCUUGUGGGGCUUGAUGGGAGGACGUUUGAGGAGGUGGCGAGGGCGGAUAUGCCACAGGUUUAUGCGCUCGGGCCGCAUGGGUCGUUUGUUGAAGGGGAUUUUGGGGUUGUGAGUACUAUGGGUCGUUAG